AUGACAAGAGAUGGAUACCAGAAAAUAAUCACGGGCGAAAAUACGAAAAAAUACGGCUUUAUUUCUCUUCUUCUCUUUCAAUGGAUGGACAACAUCUUCAAGACAGGUAGCACAGGAACUAUAGAGGAAAGCGACUUUGCACCACUUUCAAGAGAAAAUUCCACUGAUUCUUACAGCAAACGCCUCCAGACACAAUGGGAGAAAGAGGGAGCUAAGAGCAAAGGCAAUGGGAAGAGACCGAAACUUUGGAAAAGCGUCAUUACAAUGAUAUCUUUCAACGAAGCGUUGAUCAUGGUACUCACUCGAGCCUUGUACGGACUUUGGCGACUCCUCAAGCCUCUACUUCUGGGUUACUUGCUUUCCUCUCUAAUGGAACCUGAUCCACAUAAAAAUCCUCUUUCGUAUGGUUGUGUCAUAAUUAUGGGAUUAGGUGCCUUGAUUGGAACAAUUUCCAUGCGACACUCUUCCUAUCGUUCAGAUGUACUUGGUAUCGGAGUGAGCAGUGCUCUGAAAGCUCUUAUUUAUCGAAAGGUAAACAGUUUUUUUUAUUAAUUUAAUCUUUCCGGCCUAUGGCGCACGAUGCAUAGGAGGUAACAAACGAACUCCAGAGCUAUUUACCCAAGGAGGAAUGAUAGCUUAUUUAAAUUUUGUUUAGUGGAAGGAAAAACUCGAUAUUUUGAAGAUCAGUACUUGUGUGAGGGUAAUUUGCCCAUAAUUUCCGUAUAUCUAAUGAUAAUAAUUCAGUACGAUAAUUUCGCAAUAUGAAUUUUGACAGAUUCUACAACUCAAGAGGGCUGAUCUACUCAAAUUUACAACAGGACGCGUGAUUGACCUGCUCUCAAACGAUGUUCAGCGACUGGAAGGACAAACGUUAAUGUUGAUUCUCGGUAGCAUUUUGGAUCUCACCCUUGUCAUACCUGGAACUGUAGUUUUUCUUGUGUAUUUAAUUGGUUGGCAAGCUCUCAUGGGAGUCGUAUGCCUUUUUUUUCUGGUGCCGUAUUUCGCAGCGUUGUCCUCUCUGUGUGCCACACUUCGCCGGCGCACAGCAGCAGUUUCAGAUAGGCGCUUCUCUUUGUUGAACCAAGUAAUUUCCGGGAUUCGCGCCAUUAAAACACAUGCGUGGGAGGAUGAAUUCAGAGGGGAAAAUAAAACGGAUACGAAGGUAAGUAAAAAGAUGUAAUAACUGAUUACGAAGUAGUCGGGAACGCUGUGGCAAAAUAUUUAUUGCAGCUCAAAUGAAAUGAAACAAACCAAGGUCAAUAUUCAUUUCUUUGGUUUCGAUUCCUCGAAAGAAGAACCUGCUCAUUAUCAUAGGGCUUAGGCUUCGUGGCUUCGUAGCUAAGGUGGCAGAGGCACUCGAUUAACAUCUAAGGGACACACACUGCUAGCUUUUUUCCUGUAAUUGCUUUAAAAGCAGCUUACCCGCCAAGAUCCUUUCUUCACACCUGUUUUGCAACUCCACUACUGGAAAAAAAAGUCGCAGAAAAUUUUUGGCCCAGAAGUUAAGAGGUAAACGAAUCGGUUGCAAGCAAACAUUGUUUUCGUGUGAACAAAGUAAUAAUACUGAGCGGGCAGCACAACAAUCCAUAUAAAUUAUUUGGAUAGUGCUGUGCUCCCCGAUUAAUCCAAUUAGAGUUCAUUUUGACAUCUGGUAUACUAGUUGGCUUAUUUUCUGUGCACUGAAUCCCAGACGAAAAGCCCAGCUCAAACAGUCACUAAGAUCAUUGUGUAGUGUCCUUGUACUUAACCCUUCAAAAGACAUAUGAGAGCCGAAGAAUUGUCAAGGGACUCCUUACGAAAUGCUAAGUAAAAACCUGGCGCUUCACGCAACAGAAACCGGUAGGCUUCGGCACUUACGAGAGUCAAUCUCUUGUUUAGACGUUUUUCACAAUUUGAUAUUAAGCAAUGUCACAUAAGAAGCAUUCAAUUUUGUGCUAAUGAUUGCCAAAUUUGUUAAGGUAAAGAAAAAUAACAUACAAUGCAUUUAUUCUGUUUGCAGUGAUGAAAUGAGGAUUAUCCGUACGAAAAGCAGUGUUCUGUCAGCCCUUGCUGCCUUGGAGUAUACUUCAGUGCCAUUUGCGAUGCUGGUGUCAGUCAUGACUCUGGUGCUAACUGGUCAACCCCUCACGCCUGUUAACGUGUUUAUGCUUCUUUCUUUCGUCAAUGUAGCAAGAAUAAGCCUUUGCAUAUACCUACUCUAUGGUACCUUAGAAGCAUACGAGGCUUUUGUUUCACUUCAAAGAAUCGAGCAUUUCCUUCUUCUGAAAGAUUUACCCGAGGCCUACCAUGAUCACUCCAGCGAAAGCACUGACAAAGGGAGAGGGAAUGUAUCCGAACUGACGAGAAUCUCGUUGGAUCAACACCAUAAAACUGAAGAAAAUCCCCGUAUUCUUGUUGAUGAACAACACAAAAUGGCCAUGCCAGCGACCCUGCAAGUGUCAAUUUUAACAUCGAAAGAAAACCUCAGUGAUGAUGUGUUUAUUUUGCAAGAUGUCCAAUUUUCAACGGCGUCACAAGAGUUAACAGUCAUCACAGGUCCAGUGGGUAGUGGAAAGUCUACUCUUCUCUCAGCUAUUGCGGGUGAGGUGUCAGUCGCAAAGGGAACAAUAACCUGGCCAUCUUCCCUUGUUUAUGCGCCACAGACACCGUGGAUCUUCUCUGGAACAAUAAGACAAAACAUUUUAUUUGGUCAACCUUACAAAGAAACCAGGUACUUCCAAGUAGUUCAAGCAUGCGCCCUGAUGGAAGACUUUCAGAAGUUUCCAAAAGGUGACGAAACGGUUGUAGCUGAACGAGGCGUGGCUCUCAGUGGGGGCCAGCGCGCACGAGUAAGCCUGGCACGUGCGGUUUACAUGGAUGCAGAUCUGUACCUGCUGGAUGACCCUUUAAGUGCCGUGGAUACGAAAGUUAGUCAACAUAUAUUUGAGAGAUGUAUUAAAGGCAUAUUGUGCAACAAAACCCGACUGCUAACGUCCCAUCAAGUAGAACACAUGAAAGAAGCCGAUGAAGUGAUUGUGUUGUACAAAGGACGUUUGUUGGCCAAAGGUACUUUCUCCGAGCUUAAAGAGAAGGGUGUUUUUGAUUCUGCACUUGAUCCACUUUGCAAAAAGCCUUUCAGAGACAGGAAGCCCAAUGCGAGAUCGGUUUCGGAAAAGGAAAAUAACCCAGAAGUCAAGGAUAAAGCAAUGCCUGCACCAACUCAGGACAAGGAACUACAAAUAUCAGACGAAGACCGUAUAAUCGGAGGAGUGACUUUUAAGAUCUAUUGGGACUACUUCAAAAGUGGAUUAAAUGCUAUGACGAUUGUUGGAGUCAUCUUCUUGUGCUUCAUCACUCAAGGUAAACUUGAUAGGUUUUCAUUCUGUUUUUAGCGGAAGCCUUCGUUUAAGUUUCAGUUUCUCGCUAACUUUGUAGACUGAGACUUCAUCAUAACUGGGUAUGUUUAUCUUUUAUUCCAUUCAGUCUUUCAGACUCAAGAAUUUGAACCCUCUAUUGCUUUUACCUCACCGGUGAUUAAGAUAUGUCAAUUCUUCGGUGAAGUCUGCGGAAAAUAAAUCUUCCAAGUGGUGAAUAAUGGCCGUAAAUAUACUAAAAUUAUGUAUGUGCACUACAACAUAAUGACCAGCUCCCAGUUGGCUUGUUAGCUUAGUUGGUAGAGUGCUGCACCGGUAUUGCAGAGGUCAUGGGUUCAAAUCCCAUACGGGCCUGAAUCUUUUUCAGGCCUAAUUUCAACUACUGGUUCAAAGCUGUGGGAUCGCUUCUAUAUCCUUUUCUUUAACUGCAGUGCACAUAUAUGAUUUUCAUGUAUUUACAGCCAAAUAAUUUUUCCUUACAACAUUACCCCUGAAUCACACAUUAAGGUCACGAGAAUAAAGGAAAUGAUCACCAACUUGAGAGGCUCUUGAUUGGCAAACAAAUUCUCCUUGUCAGCACCUUAGGAGGGAGAAGUUAACUCACACUUGUCUUGUAAUUCCUUAUAUAAAUUUUGAUACUUAACCCUUAAACCUCUGAGAGUGACUAGCAUCUAGUUUCUCCUUAGAAAAUCACCCCUCAGUGAAACAUUAAGGUCACAAGAAUAAAAGAAAUGAUUACCAACUAAAGAAGCCCUUGAUUUUUUAAACAAAUUCUCCUUGUCAGGGCCUUUGGAAAUGUAUAGAGAACAGUAUGGAGAAUAUGCAUACUGAUGUUAGGGUGGAAAGGGUUAAGCUGCGAAGUGACAAAGGAAAAUUUUCAGAAAUCCCGCAAAAUUAUUAUCGUCGCUCUUGCCACGUUUUUAUAUCCACCAAUUUUUGACAUCUCCAUCCAAAAACGUAUCUUUUGCCAACUGAUUCAUCUUACUUACUACCUCUUAACCCUAAAACUCCCAUGAGUGACCAAGACUGAAUUUCUCCUCACAAUAUCAAUACAAUAUCAAGCACACAAGUGAUUAGAAUAAAGAAAAAUAUCACUAAGGGGGUUUUAAAUUGAUCCAAACCAAAGUCUCCAAACUAACAUCAAAAGAACUGUAUGGCAGAUAGAAGGAGAAUUACUAAUGGGAUCUUGGGAGUUAAAAGGUUAAUUUAUACUAUUUUUAUGUCCUCUCUUUUUUCAUAGUGAUGAUAGUUUCUCCUGACUUUUGGCUUUCAUCUUUAACUGAGGAGAGUCAAGAAAACCAGAAAGACAAAACAAACCUGAUCAUAUUUGGUUGUUUAGUACUUGGAUCCUUCAUAUUUGCCGCUGCCAGAGCAUUUUGCUUUCUUCAGGCCGCCGUAAGAUGUUCCGAACGUCUUCACGAUAAGAUGACGGUGGCAAUUCUAGAGGCGCCUGCUUUGUUUUUUGAUUCAAACCUUGUUGGCAGAAUUCUUAAUCGAUUCUCUAAAGAUACAGGCUGCAUGGACGAGGUGUUACCCAAGGCGUUUCUGUUUGCUAUCCAAUUAGUCUUGGCUAUGCUCUCCUCGAUUCUUGUUCCAACCGUCGCUAAUCCAUGGCUUCUAUUUGUGGCUGUUCCUAUGGCAGUAGCAGUCGUGUACAUCUCUCAGUACUACCUGAAAACUUCCAGACAGUGGAAACGAUUAGAGUCUAUAAACCGAAGUCCUGUGUUUUCACACAUCUCGGAUACCAUAGAUGGGCUGGAGACUAUUCGAACAAGAACAAGACAAAAAGAUUUUGAGGAACAGUUUUACAGGUAUGUCGUGCAGUAUCAACCAGUUGUACUUUACAAUAUCAAGGUUUAAGAAAGAUGAUAUUUGUCUUGUCACGGGAGAGGGACAGAGAAACCAUUUGAAUAUCUCACGCUCUGAUUCUCUAAUACCGAGCAACACAGAACUUAAACGAUGACCUAAGUGAUUCUUAAUUCUUACUUAUCGUGCGUUCUGCACAUUGAUAAAAUCAGCAAAGUCGAAGAACGUAUAUUACCUUUUGGCUCAAAUACCAUGGCUUUUCCUGGGGCUAAUUGUCCCCUGAAGUGAUUCACAGUACUGUAAAACGUAGCCAACAGAUAGCCUGGAAAUAAAUUGGUGAGCAUCAAAGAAGAAAUUUAUUCUGUUUAGUAUGAAACUUUACUGUGAACUUGCACGAGAGUAGAAUCAGGAGUUAAGUCCUUCCGAUUAGGUGUGCAUGCGCCGUGUUAAUUUCAUCUCGCUCCUUUCAGAUGUCAGGAUGUUCACACUCAGUCGUAUAUCAUGGUGCUGGCCUGUGAGAGAUGGCUUGGUGUGCGUAUGUCAUUCCUUAUCUCCCUCCUGACGUGUACAGUGGCUCUGGGGGCGAUCUUUGUUUCUCAAGAUGCUGGUAGGUAUCUAAUAGCAUAAUCCCCCACUGACCACCUGUCAAUUGAGAAAUUUAUCGCAUCACAGGAUGUCUGUAGUUGGACAGAGCCCUCUGAUUACUUCUCUCAAACCAUUUUCCUCAUGUUUGCAAGACGUUUGGUACAUGCCACUUAAACAAGCUUCUUAAUCUCGAGAUUAAUUUAUUGCAAAAUACGAUCAUUUUCUAUCGGACCCUGUUUGUAAAAUGCAGUAGUAACUAUGACCAAUAUUUUCAGUGGAUUUUGAAAUUAUUCGUUAGAUGUUUGUUUAAAGAUUUUUCUAUUACUUUCAUCUGCUACCUAUCAACUUAAAAAUGCUCGUAUUUGACUAACUGAUUUUCGUUUUCUAACACCUUAAACAGAUAACUAAUAAAAACAUAGAGUGUUAAUAAAAUGUUCAUGACAUCGGUUCUCUUUUCUUUUUUAUUCUAUGAAUAGCGUUCGCUGGACUCGGGCUUGUUUACGUCCUUGAGAGUGUAGAACUGAUGGAUUACACUGUCAGAAAAGCAGCCGAAGUUGAGAAUUUUAUGACGUCAGUUGAACGAGUUAUGACGUACACCAAACUUGAUCAUGAACCUGGUUACAAAGUGAAAAAACUUCCCCCGGAACACUGGCCAUCAAAAGGAGACAUCACGCUUCAAGACUUGUCAAUGACUUACUACCCGGGGGGACCUCAAGUAUUAAGGAACGUUAAUCUUCAUAUAAAAGGUGGAACCAAUGUUGGUGUCACAGGGCGAACGGGAGCCGGCAAGUCAUCUCUAGUGGCAGCUCUUCUGCGCAUGCCAGAUGCCCAAGGUGCCAUAAUGAUUGAUGACAUCGCAGUAAAGGACAUUAACCUUCAAGUGUCUCGGCGAUGUGUAUCCGUACUAGGCCAGCGUCCUGUCCUUUUCAGUGGAUCUUUGAGAGAAAAUCUCGAUCUUGUAGAGCAGUUCCAAGAUGUGGAGUUAUGGCGAGCCUUAGAGAUCGUUCAACUGAAAGAAUUAGUGGAAAAUUUGGAAGGAAAACUAGAUCACCAGUUGUUAGAGCAUGGUGCAAACUUCAGUGUAGGAGAACGACAGCUAAUUUGA